UUGGUGGUGGAUGACAGGAUAUAAACAAGCUCCAGUGAAGCUCGGGCACUUGGAGGAAAACUGAACAGUCGCAGCGCAGUGAAGAGUGAAAACAGAAGCUCGAAAUGGUGAGGGGUAAAGCACUGGCCCGUUGUGGGUUGGUUCUGCUGAGUUUGUGGCUUUGUAUCCAGUCAGUGCCUAUCAGUGUGGACAAGACCAAAGAAAAGGCUCAUGAGGAGGAGCUGGGGCCACCACAGAGUGCUGAGACUGGGCUGCACUAUGACCGCUACCUCAGGGAAGUCAUUGAGUACCUCGAGAAAGACCCCCACUUUAAAGAAAAACUAAAAAAUGCCAACAUGGAUGAUAUCAAGCAAGGCAAACUUUCCAAAGAGCUGGACUUUGUCCAUCACAAUUUUCGGACAAAGCUGGACGAAUUGAAGAGGGAGGAGAUGAGCAGGCUACGGAUGCUCCUCAAAGCCAAAAAUGACAUCCAGGAGGGGAAUGGCCGGACAGUGGACCAUCAGGCCCUGCUGAGACAGUUUGAGCACCUGAACCACAUGAACCCAGACACUUUUGAGGUGGAGGACCUGGACCGCCUCAUCAAAUCGGCGACCAAAGACCUGGAGAACUUCGACAAGGACCGCCAUGAUGAGUUCAGGAGAUACGAGAUGAUGAAGGAGCAUGAGAGGAGGGAACGUCUGAAGAACAUGAAUGAGGAGGACCGCAAGAAGGAAGAGCAGCAUUACGAGGAGAUGAAGAAGAAGCACGCCGAUCAUCCCAAAGUUAACCAUCCUGGCAGUGAGGACCAGCUGAAGGAGGUGUGGCAGGAGGCAGAUGGUUUGGACCCAGAAUACUUUGACCCCAAGACGUUUUUCAAAAUGCACGACAGUAAUGGAGAUGGUUUCUUUGAUGAGACUGAGCUUGAAGCUCUCUUCACUAAAGAGCUGGAGAAGGUGUACAACCCUGAAAAUGAAGAGGAUGAUAUGGUUGAGAUGGAGGAGGAGAGGCUGCGAAUGAGAGAGCAUGUUAUGAAUGAGGUGGACACCAAUAAAGACAGACUUGUGUCAAUGAGUGAGUUCAUGGCGGCCACUAAGAAGGAGGAGUUCUUCGAAAAAGACGAGUGGGAGACUUUAGAUCAAAACUCCUUCUACACUGAGGAGGAGCUGAAGGAGUAUGAACAGCACCUGGCCAAUGAGGAGAAUGACAUCAACAAGAAGUCGGUCGAGCUGCAGAAACAGAGGGAGGAGCUUGAAAAGAAACAAGAAGAACUUAAUGCUCAGAGGAUGGGGCUACAGCAGGCCGUAGAAGAAAUGGAAAGGUUAAAAGCCCAAAGCACAAAAGCUGAGGUCAAACGUGAAGGUGAACCAGCAGCAGUUGUACCAGGAAACAAUCAACCUCUGCCCCCUGGUCACCAGCAGCAAGACUUACCAGUGCCAGGACACUCUUAGCAGGCCUCACCACUCUGUGUGCUGUGUGUGUGUGUGUGUGUGUGUGUGUGUGUGUGUGUGUGUUU